GUUCAUUCCUCUUUCGGCAGUCAAUCGGUGCGGUUGCAUUUUUAGUCAGUCUAUUGCCUCGUCGCCUCCUACCAAUAACCAAGUGUGGGUUACAAAUUUUUCAACUUGAAUUGCAAAGUUUCAAUUCAAUUUUCUUAAACAAUUUUCGUCGUUUGUUGUUAAAUAAAACAAAAAGCUUACAAAAUGUGUGACGAAGAAGUUGCUGCAUUGGUUGUCGACAAUGGCUCCGGCAUGUGCAAGGCUGGCUUCGCUGGCGAUGAUGCGCCCCGCGCUGUCUUCCCAUCGAUUGUGGGCCGUCCACGUCAUCAGGGCGUGAUGGUCGGUAUGGGCCAAAAGGACUCGUAUGUGGGUGAUGAGGCACAGAGCAAACGUGGUAUCCUCACCCUGAAGUAUCCCAUUGAGCACGGUAUUGUGACCAACUGGGAUGAUAUGGAGAAAAUCUGGCAUCACACCUUCUACAAUGAGCUGCGUGUUGCGCCCGAGGAGCAUCCAGUUCUAUUGACCGAAGCACCCCUCAAUCCCAAGGCCAAUCGCGAGAAGAUGACACAGAUCAUGUUUGAGACCUUCAACACACCCGCCAUGUAUGUGGCCAUCCAGGCUGUGCUCUCACUGUAUGCCUCUGGUCGUACCACUGGCAUUGUGUUGGACUCUGGCGAUGGUGUCUCCCACACUGUGCCCAUCUAUGAGGGUUAUGCAUUGCCCCAUGCCAUUCUGCGUCUGGAUUUGGCCGGUCGCGAUCUGACCGAUUACCUGAUGAAGAUCCUCACGGAGCGUGGCUACUCUUUCACCACCACUGCCGAGCGUGAAAUUGUGCGUGACAUCAAGGAGAAGCUCUGCUAUGUGGCUCUUGAUUUCGAGCAGGAGAUGGCAACUGCUGCCUCCAGCUCCUCAUUGGAGAAGUCGUAUGAGCUGCCCGACGGACAGGUCAUUACCAUUGGCAAUGAGCGUUUCCGUUGCCCAGAGGCACUAUUCCAGCCCUCGUUCCUGGGCAUGGAGGCAUGCGGCAUUCAUGAGACCACCUACAAUUCGAUCAUGAAGUGCGAUGUUGAUAUCCGUAAGGAUCUGUAUGCCAACACAGUGCUCUCCGGUGGCACCACCAUGUACCCUGGCAUUGCUGAUCGCAUGCAGAAGGAGAUCACCGCCUUGGCCCCAUCCACCAUGAAGAUCAAGAUCAUUGCACCACCAGAGCGCAAAUACUCUGUAUGGAUCGGUGGCUCCAUUUUGGCAUCGCUCUCCACCUUCCAGCAGAUGUGGAUCUCCAAGCAGGAAUACGAUGAGUCUGGCCCAUCCAUUGUGCACCGCAAGUGCUUCUAAGUGCUCCAGCCUCCAACCGGGUAGCAAGUGGAGUGGCAACAACAACAACAACAACAACAACAUCAAGAAGAAGAAGAAAAACAGCAACAGCAAACGGGAGCUGCGCAAUGUUAUCCACACAUCAUCAUCGUCGUCGUCGUCAUGUUGUGUUCUAGCAUUAAUUUAAUUUAUUUCACAUGAGAUAUAUGAUAUAAAUGCAUAAUAUUUUUUUUUUGUUUUUUUUUUAUAUACCUUUUAAUAUAACUACAAAAAUUGAGAACAACAACAACAACAA